AACAGGCCCAUCAUGGGAAGCAGACUCACGACGCGAAGGGGGCCUGGGGGCAGCCCCGCCGCGAGCCCGGCCGCCGGCGAUGGCGCCGCGCUCCGCCAGCCCCCUGCUCCCGAAGCUGGCCGCCGCAGCCGCCCUUGCGGCGCUCUGCGCCCUGGCGGCCCGCUCCCCCGCCUUCGCCGCGGCCCCGGCGCCCCCCCGGGCCCUCCGGCGAGGGGCCCCCGCGGCAGCGGCGCAGGACCAGGGCGCCCGGCGCCGACGACCUCGGGGCGGCGGGGGCGCUCCUGGCGCCCGCGCUCUGCGGCGCCGCGCUGCUCGCGAGGCGCCGGCCCGCCGGGGGCGUGCGGAGGGCCGGCGGCGACGACGUCGCGCUGGUGAUCACGCCCAAGGAGACCGGCUCUGGUGGACAAGGGCGUCGCCAACGCGAACAUGCCUUUCUGGAAGCUGAUGCACAGCUCGAUCAUGGGCGGGGCCUACGUCGGCAUGGCCGGCCUGCUCUCUCUCACCGUGGCCGGGAACCUGGGCCCAGAGGCCACCCUCGGCGCCCAGAAGUUCAUCUUCGCGGCUCUGUUCCCCGUGAACCUGCUGCUGGUGCUGCAGUCGGGCUGCCAGCUGUACACCGGCAACACCGCCACGGUGUCGUGCGCGUUCCUCGAGGGCAAGGUGAAGGUCAAGGAGAUGCUGAGGAGCUUCGUCUACUCCUGGGUUGGCAACGUGAUCGGCUGCGGAGGACUGGCUAUUGCGGCCUGGUACACCGGCCUCCUGACUGGUGGCGCAGGCUCCAUGGCCGUGAUGACGGUGGCCAAGAAGUGCGGCGGCACGCUCGGCCAGACACUCGUGAAGGCCGUCUUGUGCAACUGGCUGGUAUGCAUGGCGGUCUUUCUGUGCACCCAGGCGAAGGACCUCACGGGCAAGAUGGUUGGCAUCUGGUUCCCCAUCUCCAUGUUCGUGGGCAUCGGCUUCGAGCACUCCGUCGCGAACAUGUUCAUCUUGCCGGCUGGCCUCCUCGCGGGCUCGCCGAUGACAUACAUGCAGACCUUCAUGCAGAACCUUCUUCCAGUCACGCUCGGGAAUUUAGUUGCCGGGGCUUUGAUCAUCGCUGGCGGCUUCUACUUCCAGUUCGGCAGCCGCAAGUGAGGGUCUGACCUGCAUCGGGAAGUGGCGAAUUCUCCCUCUCCUGAAUGUCGCAGUGCCAGCUGCGCCGAUCUUUCCCUUUCUCCCUUGCUUCCUCUUCGCCAUCAUCCUAGGCUUUCUCCUCGCCCUCGUCCUUAUCUUCCUCAGCUUCCUCCGCUUCCUUCUGCUCCUGCUGCUGCGGCCGCUGCUGCUACCCCUCCUCCUCUUCUGCCUCCUCCCUGGCCAGUCCAGGAGAGAAGCCGCUACGGCUACGGCCGCUUCAGCUUGGCAGAGGCGGGGCGCUGAGGCGCAUCGCCGAUUAUCUUUUGAACUUGUUUUUCGAAGUCGCGCCGCGUGGCAGAGCCCCACUCCUUCUCCUCCCCCUCCCCCUUCUCCUCCUCCUCCUCCUCCUCCUCCUCCUCCU